AUGCCGAGGGCAGGGGGAGGGCAGCGGGGCCCCGCCGGGACGUUGCGGGAGCAACAGACGCGGAACGGACACGAAACGCCGAGUCCCCAGUCAGUCUCCAGCGGGAAGCUCUCCCCAGAGCUGAAGGAGCGCAAGGAGGAUGCGAAAGCCAUGGAAGACGAAGGGCAGACGAAAAUCAAGCAGAGGAGGAGCCGGACGAAUUUCACCCUGGAGCAGCUGAACGAGCUGGAAAGGCUUUUCGACGAGACCCACUACCCGGACGCCUUCAUGCGGGAGGAGCUGAGCCAGAGGCUGGGGCUCUCCGAGGCCAGGGUGCAGGUCUGGUUCCAGAACCGCAGAGCCAAAUGCCGAAAGCAGGAAAACCAACUCCACAAAGGGGUGCUGAUCGGUGCCGCCAGCCAGUUCGAAGCUUGCCGGGUGGCCCCGUACGUGAACGUGGGUGCGCUGAGGAUGCCCUUCCAGCAGGUGCAGGCGCAGCUGCAUUUCUCGCCGUUCCUGAGCCUGUUCAUCCUUACUGUGAAGGACCAGCAGGUGAAAGUGCACCUCAAAGGAGAAGAACAUGUCCCACCGGUCACCGUUGAUGAGAACACCAGGCGCAGAUCAGACAAGGUGGAGGAGUGA